GAACCACUUCUCUCAGACGUGUAUCCAGUAACCUUUAGGAGGGUGCUGAAAAAUCCGAAAACAAAACCAUGUUUGAUCGAAUGGAAACCCUUCAAAGUGACAAGGAAACUGAUUGGGAGAGUUCUCUCUGAUUUCCAAAAUUAAUGCCUAAGGAAAGAGAGAGAGAGAGAGAGAGAGAGAGAGAGAGAGAGAGAGAGAGAGGGAGAACACGACAUCACUCCAGAGGACAUGCGGAGCACAGAAACAGUCAGGUUUUUCACCUAAAAGCUAGAAGCUAAAAGCCGUUACCACCUUUGAUCCAAUUGGACAACCCCACCAGAAGAUGGCCGACGACAAUAUGACUUUUAAACACACGGAGGAUGAGGCGAACGCCACAGGCUACAGCGCCAAUAUGACUGACAUGAGUGAGCUGAUGCCCUUUGGUAUGGUCACGGCGGUGGUCUACGGCAUCGUCUUUAUCGUGGGACUCCUGGGCAACACGCUGGCCAUCUUCGUGGUGAUCCGCUAUUCCAAGAUGAAGACAGUGACUAACAUGUACAUCCUCAAUUUAGCCUUGGCUGACGAACUCUACAUCUUAGGGAUUCCCUUCCUGGCCACCAACAGUGUGCUUUCCUACUGGCCGUAUGGAGAUUUCUUCUGCAAGGUGUGCAUGACGGCCGACGCAAUGAGCCAGUUCACGUCCACCUUUUGUCUGACGGUGAUGAGCAUCGAUCGCUACCUGGCCGUGGUUCAUCCUAUCCGCAGUGCCAAGUGGAGAAGGCCGCAGGUGGCUAAGAUUUUCAGUGUCACGCUGUGGGUGGUGUCCUUUCUGGUGGUGUUGCCGGUCACCAUCUACUCACAUGUGCAGGAGGGACUCAAUACCUGCAAUAUCACGUGGCCUGAGAUGCAGAACUGGUGGUCUGUUGUGUUUAUCCUCUACACGUCCAUCUUAGGCUUCUUUGGACCGCUGCUUGUCAUCACCAUCUGCUACCUGCUAAUUGUCAUUAAGGUGAGGUCAGCAGGCGUGCGUGCCGGCGUGACCAAGCGGCGUAGGUCAGAACGUAAGGCGACGCGCAUGGUGGUGAUCAUCGUCGGGGUCUUUGUCUUUUGCUGGAUGCCUUUCUUCACGACCAACAUUGUCAACCUGGUGUACAUCAUACCUGAGAACAACGCCACAGCUGCAAUUUACUUCUUCUUAGUCAUCCUUACCUAUGUCAACUCUUGCGCCAACCCCGUCCUAUAUGGCUUCCUGUCGGAUAAUUUCAAACAGAGCUUCCAGAAGGUGCUCUGUUUUCACAAAAAUCCAACCACCGUGGACCAGAGGAAAGCUCGACAGGGUGCACCUCGAGAGACAUCCGCGAACCGCCACGAUCCUCUUUUCUCAAACAGAAAUCCUACAGACAAUGGAAAAGUACAGAAUAUCCAGGAUGUCGAGAUGAAGGAUGUUGGAAACCUUGACAAUGAAUCUUCAACUAUAAAAAAAAUCUUAAACGGCCAGUCAACGCAAUGAGGAUGACAAGCGGAACUGUGAAAGUUUACUCCUUAGUAUAUUUUCAACACCAUUUCCAUGAUAGAUUUGAGUUUGAUAUUUUUGUAUUGCUCACACAGACUACAUGGAUAGACGUCAAUACAAAAGAAUGUUGGUUUUAAAAUGUAUGAAGUCCUCAAAUAACCUUAGAUCUCUUACUAUUAGUUUGGUUUUGUUGAUUGUAUUAGCUGGAGAUCCUAAAGAGUAUAUAAAAGGAAUGAAUACAUAACAUAUCAAAAGUGUCAAAUUAGGGCUGGGCGAUAUGGCCUUUUAUUAAUAUCUCGAUACUUUUAGGCCAUGUCACGAUACACGAUAUAUACCUCAAUAUUUUGCCUUAGCCUUGAAUGAACACUAAUGCAUAUAAUCACAGCAGUAUGAUGUUUCUAUGUGUCUAAAACAUUCUUGUUUGUACUGCAUUAAUAAUUAAUAUAUGUUCAUUUUAAACUUUCAUGCAGAGAAGGAAAUCACAACUAAGUCAAUUGAUCAAAACUGUAUUUAUUAAACAGUUAUUCAGCAGUGGCACAACUAUUCAUGUCAUUUCCAAAACAGAAAGUGCAAGAUUGUCAGAGACUUUUUAAAACAUGCUAUGAGUGCACUUUUGUGCAUGAUGUCACUAUGAUGACAUAUCAAAACAACACUAAAUUAACGUGCACUUUUUGUACAGAAUAGUUUAAAACAAAUAAAGUGCACUUUUGUGCAUGAUAUCACACAAAAUAUUUCAAUAACUGUCAAAUAAAAAUGAGCUGCAUUAUAGGAAAUCAAAUAGCGUAUGUCCUUCACUAUGUGGUAGGUUCCUGCGGACGUUAUCUCCUUUUGUUGUCGACUAUUUUUUUCAUAUGGUGUUGAUCAGGAAAUGGUUGUUUCGGCAUUUUGUGGGUGUAGCCCCGAACGGAGAUGUUGACAUCUGGACUUUCAAGCACUCCUUAUUCUCUAGCGGGUGACUUUUCAAAUGAGGCUACAAAUUAGCAGUGUCGCUACUUGAAGUAGCAACGCUUUUGUCGCAUACUUGACAUAUUACGGUUGUCUGUUCAACAUCUUCACGCUUGAAGCCAAACCACCGCCAGACGAUGGACCCCGUGCUGGUUCUCUUGGGAAUUAAUUAUUCCUUAAUUUGUAGCCAGAUUUGCACCUUCUCCUUCUCGUAUUACCACUCACACCGCACCGUUAGCACCACAGCUAACGUUACCCAAUACCUCUCUGCUCCGCGAGAGCGCAUGACGUUGCACGGCCGACCGUAUGUUACGUAUGUAACAAUGUGCGCUUGUUUUAUGUCUCUGUGGGAAGGAGAGACAAGAGUGAGAAAUGCCUGUAGUGUAAUGCCUGCAGCUAAAAGCAACUGCGUGAGAAUGAAUACUCACGUUACAAUAAUUUUCUAUAUCGCACAGAGACAAUCCCACGAUACAUCGAGUAUAUUCAAUAUAUCGCCCAGCCCUAUGUCAAACUUAUAGUCAUUGAGGGCCAACCACAAUUAUUGUGGCCCUCAGAGGGCUGCUUGUAACAAUGAAUACAAUAUAAAUAUACAUGUAUAAGCACUCGCUUGAUAUUAUUACAUAAUGGCCAGUCCAUUUGAUUAUUAAAUAUUUUUACAUGCUCUGUAAAAAAAAAUGGUGGCUCCGUUCUCAGAAUUUUACCAUAAAAUAUAGUCAUUUUUCCAACAUACAAUGAAUCCGGAAAGUAUUCACAGCGUUUCACUUUUUCCACAUUUUAGGUUACUGCCUGAUUCCAAAAAGGACUAAACAUGUUAGUUUUUUUUCUCAAAACUCUAAAAACGAUACCCCAUAAUGACAAUGUCAUUUUUCAUUUAUUUUUAUUUUGCAAAAUUUAAAAAAUCACAUGCGUGUAAGCAUAAACAGCCUUUGCUCAAAACUUUUCGCAGAAGUUAGUCUUUUUGAUACGAUGCCAAAAGCUUGGCACACCUAUCUUUGGGCAGUUUUGCCCAUUCCUCUUUGCAGCAUCUCUCAAGCUCUAUCAGAGUGGAAUAGAGCGUUGAUUUUCAUCCAGGAUGUCUCUGUGCAUUGCUGCAUUCAUCUUUCCCUCUAUCCUUUAUUUAUUUAUGUAUUUAUUUGACAGGGACAGUACAAUUAAACAUUGUCAGUCAUGGUUCUGAUGUCAAAGUACAUAAGACUUGUAGCCACAGGCGUGACUAGUCUCCCUGUUCCUGUCGCUAAAAAACAACCCCACAGCAUAAUGCUGCCACCACCAUGCUUCGCUGUAGGGAUGGUAUUGGCCUGGUGAUGAAUCCUGGCUUCCUACAAACAGGAUGCCUGGCAUUCAUGCCAAAGAGUUCAAUAUUUGUCUCAUCAGACCAGUGAAGUUUGUUUCUCAUGGCCUGAGAGCCUUUAAGUUGCAUUUUGGUAAACUUUUUACGAAGAAAUGGCUUCCGUUUAGUCACUAUACCUGAUUAGUGGUUUUCUGCAGAGAUGGUUGUCGUUCUGUACGGUUCUCAUCUCCACAGAGGAGUGACCAUCGGGUUCUUGGUCAGCUCCCUGACUAGACUAAGAUGAAUGCAGCAAUGUACAGAGACAUCCUGGGUGAAGACCAACGCUUCCCAUCCAACCCGAUGGAGCUUGAGAGGUUCUGCAGAGUAAUAAGCAACAAGGAAUGGGUGAAACUGCCCAAAGAUAAAUGUGCCAAGAUUUUGGCAUCGUUUUCAAAAAGACUUGAGGGUGUAAUUGCUGCCAAAAGUGCAUCAACAACGUAUUGAGCAAAGGUUGUGAAUACUUGUAUACAUGUGAUUUUUUUUUUUAUUUUAAUUUUUUUCUAUAAAAUUGCAAAGAAAAAAAAAUACUUUCUCACAUUGUCAUUACAAGAUAUUAUCUGUAGAAUUUUGAGGACAAAAUGAAUUUACUCCCUUUUGAAAAGGCUGUAACAUAACACAAUGCGGGGAAAAAAAUGGUGAAUACUCUGUUUAACUGUAAAUGGAAAAACGCUGCCAUUAUUUUUUUACGUUGAAAUUUGGGCAAUUAAGGUGCCAGUUUUUUUGUGUUUUUUUACUGUAAAAUCUACAGUCUUUUAUAACAGUGUGCAAUUUGAUGGAUAUCUUGCUUUGAAAGCAUAGGUGAAACAAAUAUUUCAGUAUUUAUUUAAAUUUGAACAAAUAAAUAGUUGGAAUGUGUAAUAAUAUGUGUUGCAUUAUAUGGUAAUCCAUCCAUCCAUUUUUCUACCGCUUGUCCCUUUUGGGGUCAUGGGGGGUGCUGGAGCCUAUCUCAGCUGCAUUCGGGUAAUGUUAAAGUUUAUAACUACGGUAUAUAGGCAAUAGUGUGUAUUAUAUGUUUUUUUUUUCUCUGUCAAAAUGGAAAGAACAAAUAUAUUUAGUGAGAAAAUAUUUAGCAUUUUAUGAAGCAUAUUAUUGCCAGGCCACAUGAAGUGAUGUGGCGGGCCAAAUCUGUCCCCCAGGCCUUGACUUUAAUAUCUGUGAAAUAAAUAAAAGCAAAAAACAAAAAAAAUGUAUUCAAAUGAGCAUACUCUUUUUUUUUCUUCUUUUUUUUUAAGACUAUAGAAUGUGUACCUGGUCCGCCAGAGAAUAAGAAGACAGAGCUGGAGCAUGAUAUUUGUAAGACCUUUGCAACCCACCAAGAAAAAAAAACGAUUGCAGUCUUUUUGGAAACUGAAGUACUUGGAACAACUUGAUAUUCACCACGUUGAUUAAAAACGCUAAAGCAAAAUCCAAAGUCGGUCAACAGAUGCAUGCUGUGCCAUUUUUUGUAAUGUGUGGUGUUUUUUUUUACACUAUAUUCUCAAAUGUAUUUAUACAUUUUGUAUAAUUGUAUAUUUUGUAUCAUUAUUUAUAUUUUAGAAACUGUAUACAUUUAUUAAAUUGACCUGCUUAGUGCUCAGUUAGAGUGUCCGCCCUGAGACUGGAAGGUUGUGAGUUCAAACCCCGGUGUGACUCGGGGAGUCAUACCAAACACUAUAAAAAUGGGACCCAUUACCUCCCUGCUUGGCACUCAGCAUCAAGGGUUGGAAUUGGGGGUUAAAUCACCAAAAUGAUUCCCGAGCACGGCCAACGUUGCCGCUUACUGCUCCCCUCACCUCCCAGGGGAUGAACAUAGGGAUGGGUCAAAUGCAGAGGGAAAUUUCACCACACCUAGUAUGUGUGUGUGUGUGUGUGUGUGUGUGUGUGUGUGUGUGUGUGUGUGUGUGUGUGUGUGUGUGUGUGUGUGUGUGUGUGUGUGUGUGUGUGUGUGACUAUUGUUGGGACUUUAACUUUAAAAUAUGAAGCGUGCCGAUAAAAAAUGUGGUAACGGCCUCUGGGAAACACUUUGUAUACAGCUCGAUGUGACUUCAUAUCAUGCAGUAUAUAUAUUUAUAAUGUGCGAAAAGCCUGCCCUCAUCGUCUAAAAAUGGUUGACGUGGCAGUUUGGCCCGUAGCCAUGCCGUAUGACAGAUUUUUAUGUUCAAAAUAAUCAGACUAAUAAGCACGAAAAAAAAAACAUGCUCAUGAAAAAGGCAAAAGCAGCCAUAGAUAGCAAGUUAGUGUUACCUUGGGUUUUGAAUUCUGCCCCUUGUGCUUUAUCUUUCUAACCUGUGUCAUGUCAUGUUUUUUUUUUUUUUCCAAAGAGGGCGCCACUGUAGUGGCUGCUGAUGGCAGGAGCUUUGUGCUCUUGGGUCCCUCUUGUUUUCAUGUGUUUUAUUUUUUGCCUUUUGGUUCGGGAUCCUUUGGGACUGUGCGACAAGGGGUGGCACUUUCAUGACUUCUGCGGUGCUUUUUUGUAAACUUCUGGAUCUGCCUCCUGGGAGCCUCUUGGCCAUGGAGACCAGCUGCUGGGUCUCUGCCGCACCAGAGUUCGUUUGGAGAGACUGGAGGAGAUGCGGAUGAAGAGACAAGGGUGCAGAGCUAGCACUGAGCGCCGGGACAGACAAGCUUCACGGUGUCUUUGCUGAAUGAGCAGGUAUCGGGCACCUCGGUCCCCUUAGACCAGGGGUCACCAACCUUUUUGAAACCAAGAGCUACUUCUUGGGUACUGUUUAAUGCGAAGGGCUACCAGUUUGAUACACACUUAAAUAAAUUGCCAGAAAUAACCAAUUUUCUCAAUUUACCUUUAGCAAAUAAAUCUAUGUAUAUAAAAAAAUGGGUAUUUUUGUCUGUCAUUCCGUCGUACAUUUUUUUUCCUCUUACGGAAGUUUUUUUUUUUGUAGAGAAUAAAUGAUGAAAAAAACACUUAAUUGAACGGUUUAAAAGAGGGGAAAACACGAAAACAAUAACAUUUAAAUUUGAAACAUAUUUUAUCUUCAAUUUCAACUGUUUAAAAUUAAAAAUUAAACCAAAAAAAAAUGAAGAGAAAAAUUAGCUAAUUUGAAUAUUUUUGAAAAAAUUAAAAAAAUAAUUUAUGUAACAUCAUUAGUAAUUUUUCCUGAUUGAGAUUAAUUUUAGAAUUUUGAUGACAUGUUUUAAAUAGGUUCAAAUCCAAUCUGCACUUUGUUAGAAAAUAUAACAAAUUGGACCAAGCUAUAUUUCUAACAAAGACAAAUCAUUAUUUCUUCUAGAUUUUCCAGAACAACAUUUUUAAAAUAAAUUCAAAAGACUUUGAAAUAAGAUUUAAAUUUGAUUCUACAGAUUUUCUAUAUUUGCUGGAAUAUUUUAUUUUUAUUUUAAUCAUAAUCGGUUUGAAGAAAUAUUUCACAAAUAUUCUACGUCGAAAAAACAGAAGCUGAAAUGAAUUAUUAAAUUAAAAUGUAUUUAUUAUUCUUUACAAUAAAUUGAAAAAAAUACUUGAACAUUGAUUUAAAUUGUCAAGAAAGAAGAGGAAGGAAUUUAAAAGGUAAAAAGGUAUAUCUGUUUAAAAAUCCUAAAAUCACUUUUAAGGUUGUAUUUUUUCUGUAAAAUUGUCUUUCUGAAAGUUAUAAGAAGCAAAAAAAAUAAAUUAAUUAAUUUAUAUAAACAAGUGAAGACCAAGUCUUUAAAAUAUUUUCUUGGAUUUUCAAACUAUAUUUCAGUUUCGUCUCCCUUAGAAUUAAAAAUGUCGAGCAAAGCGAGACCAGCUUGUUAGUUAAUAAAUAAAAUUAAAAAAACAGAGGCAGCUCACUGGUAAGUGCUGCUAUUCGAGCUAUUUUUUGAACAGGCCAGCGGGCUACUCAUCUGGUCCUUACUGGCUACCUGGUGCCCCCUGCCUUAGACCCAUCCUCGCUCAUCCCUGCGGACUGGACACUGGCCGAGACUUGGUGGGCAGCCAAGGGUGGAGUCACCUCUCUUGGUUGCUUUAUUGGGUCCGCUCCUGUGCAUACUUGCCAACCUUCAGACAUCCGAAAUAAUCCGUUCAUGAAUGAGUGUAUCCGUUCGGCCACCGUUUUCAAUGGAGAAGUCUGAUCUACAAAAUUUGCAGGCAGCAUAGUCCUUCCCCUUCGAGCUGUUCAGGAUUAACCUAAAUUUAUUUUUUCCAAUCAUUUUGGAACUUGCAAGCAUACUUCUUCUUCUUACUCGUCGUCGCCAUGUCUCUUCUUUGUUUUUCUGCUUCGUCUUUGUUUUGUUUUUGGAUAUUACUACUUGCCGUAGUUUUGAAGCAAUGCAUAAUGGGAAUCCGGAUGUUGUGUGUCAGUGUAUUAACGUGCCGGUUGGAAUAAACACACGCUGAAAAA